AUGAUGGCGUAUAUCGAAUUCUCCGCCAUUGACUUCCUGCUGCACGAGGGCAGAGUGCUCUACAACUUUCAGGUGCGCUUCGGUGGGCGCUGGUGCUGGGUGGUGAGCAAGACGUACGAGCAAUUCGUGGAGUUACACGUGCAGCUCGAGAGACACUACGGCGCGAUCAACCUGCCGCACCUGACAGGGCAGGUGCGGCCGUGGGCCCGAAACACCUCUUCAACAGCCACCGGCCGCCUCCCCAAGUUGGAGUCAUACCUUAACGAGGCACUUGUGUCGUCACCGUUCUGGUCUCCGCGCCUGUAUGACGUGGAGUUGGAGGACCCGGAUGGCGGCUCAGUGACUGUGCACUUGAACAAGUUCCUCUGCGCCUUCCUCGAAGUGCAGGAACACACAGUGAGCACCUCACCAACUCGGUCGCAGGCAAAAACCGUCACGGCUCCACAUGCGAAGGCGGUGUGGGCACCACAAACAGCAGCAGGAACAGCGGCAACGGUAGAAAAAGUGGCAGGCGCGCUGGCCUCCGCGCCACUGACGCGUACUGGGCAGGCGACAGCGUCUGCGGCGCCACAGCUGACGGCGACCGAGAGCGCAGCACCGCAGCCACAACAACAGCAGUCGUCUCCGUCAUCAUCGGCGGCGGCAGCGGAGCACCCUGCGCCGGCCCUAGAAGCGCGGCUGCAUUCCAUCAUGAAGAGAAGCUCGCGCGACGACUCGGAGGAGCUGGCACUAGUCGCCUCCGCCUCCACCAUUACGUCGCAGAUCAUUGCCAACGUGAAGGACUUCAGCAUUCUCGAGCGGGACCACAUCGACUACUUCAUACACGUGUCGCUCUGUGGCCAUCACUGGGUGAUGACGAAGCGGUACAGCGAAUUCCGCAAUCUGCACAACAGCCUUAAGGCGGUGUACGGGGAGGGCACGGUGCCGCUGCUGGGCCACAGCAUGGUGCCAACGUGGCGCAAGCUGACUAUAGAGACGGGCGAGAUGCGCAAGAAGUGCUUCAACCAGUUCUUGCAGGAGGUCGUGAUGAGCGUCGAUGGCUGGGAGCCGCAGGGGCUUCUGGCAAGUUUCGAACUCUCGCGGCAUACCGUGCUCGGUGACACGACGCGCUUCACAGUGUACGUCAACCAGAUACUCUUCGAUUUCCUUGACUUCGCGCCGCACAUUGAUGCACUAAGUGGCGAGGCGGCAGCUAAGGCGGUCGUGGAGCAGCGUGCAACACUACCGGAGGCUGUCAAGGUAGCGUACGACAAGCGGGCACUUGAAGAGAAGCGGCUGCGGAUGCAUGAAAGCAUCGCCCGCAACGAGCGGCACCUACGGCCUCUCCAGGACGAUCAGUUGCAGGUGCUGCUCGACCGUAUCGCUCUGCUUGACGAUGACCGCGACAUCAUUCGCAUGUUUAAGCGGCUUCUCGCAACGGGUGAGGUGGCUACGGACGUGCGCUCCUCCUUCGCCGAUGUCGUCGCCGACGGCUCGCCAGAGGAUGGGGACGGGCGUGGGCAGGAACCGCAGCAGGAGCAGAGGAAAGAAGGGGGAAGGGACGACAUGAGCGCUGUCGUGGGUCUGACAGCGCGGCAGCUGGCGAGUAUAACGGAGCGGCUGUUUUUCAACGACACCAAGGUGGAGUCGAUCCGACUCUUUGCGGAUGUUCUCAUCAACGCCGAUGACCUACAGGACGUUUUCGACACGUUGUGGUUCGGCUGGGAGGAGGCCCGUGCGGAGGUGGAGCAGAUUCUGACGAGGCGAUGA